AUGUCAUCUGCUGGGCUCGUGUUCUAUCGCGAGGUCUGCCGGGCGAUCAGGAAGCUCCCUAAGGACACGCAGAGCUACUACCGCGUCGUGGCAAGAGAGAAGGUUGUGGCUCAUCGCGACGAAGACGAGCCCGAGAGGAUCGGCAAGAUCAUCCAACGGAGCCGGGAGGACGUGGCGUGGGUGCUGAAGAAGUACUCGCCGACGAAGGACGCGUGA